GCAUAAGCUGUGCUAUUGUCUUACGAGAGUAGGGCUGUGGACUGCAGUAUCUGGUUUCUGCUACCUAUUUCUGCCUCGCUGCAUCAUACAAGACACACACACACAUUGGCCUAUGCUUGGCCAUUGGAUUGAAAAGGGAAGCUCAUGAUUUUGUCUCUCCGUCAAGAGGCUUGUUUCUGUCUGAGAGAGUGCUCUGCAGCUUUCAGCUUUAGAGAAAGGUAUCUGGCAGCUGGAUAGCUGGGACUGCAUUGUCUGCCUUCAUGAUUCCUGCUGUGUGAAAGCUUUCUAUAUUUCCUCCCUCAUCUCAUUCUAAUAUAUUAAACCCUCAUCUGAGGCCAGCCAUGUUUGGUACAGAAUCGUCAUUGAGCAUGUUUUUGAAUACAUUAACCCCUAAAUUUUAUGUUGCUCUGACUGGUACAUCCUCCCUCAUCUCAGGGCUUAUAUUGAUAUUUGAAUGGUGGUAUUUUCGCAAGUAUGGAACAUCGUUCAUUGAACAAGUCUCUGUGAGCCACUUGCGCCCUCUAUUGGGAGGUGUUGACAACAGCACACCAAGUAACUCGAAUACAAGUAAUGGAGAUGCUGACUCAAGUCGACAAAGUGUUUCAGAGUGUAAAGUGUGGCGAAAUCCCUUAAAUCUAUUUCGAGGAGCAGAAUAUAACCGAUACACAUGGGUGACAGGAAGAGAACCGUUAACAUAUUAUGAUAUGAAUCUUUCAGCACAAGAUCAUCAAACGUUCUUCACAUGCGACACUGAUCACAUGCGUCCAGCAGAUGCAAUAAUGCAAAAGGCAUGGCGUGAAAGAAACCCACAAGCCAGAAUUUCUGCUGCACAUGAAGCACUAGAAUUGAAUGAAUGUGCUACUGCAUUUAUUCUCCUCGCUGAGGAAGAGGCGACUACUAUUGUGGAGGCAGAGAAGUUGUUUAAGCAAGCACUUAAAGCUGGAGAAGGCUGCUACAGGAGAAGUCAACAGUUACAGCACCAUGGUGCCCAGUAUGAAGCUCAGCACAGGCGAGACACAAAUGUACUUGUGUACAUUAAAAGGAGAUUGGCAAUGUGUGCAAGAAAGCUGGGCAGAACAAGGGAAGCAGUAAAGAUGAUGAGGGAUUUAAUGAAGGAGUUCCCACUGCUGAGCAUGUUCAAUAUUCAUGAGAACUUAUUAGAAGCUCUGCUGGAGCUCCAGGCAUACGCAGAUGUGCAAGCAGUUUUAGCAAAGUACGAUGACAUCAGUUUACCAAAAUCUGCCACAAUAUGUUACACAGCUGCACUACUCAAAGCAAGAGCAGUAUCAGACAAAUUUUCUCCAGAAGCUGCAUCUCGACGAGGGCUGAGCACAGCAGAAAUGAACGCUGUAGAGGCCAUUCACAGAGCAGUGGAGUUCAAUCCACAUGUGCCAAAAUAUCUUCUUGAAAUGAAGAGUUUAAUAUUACCCCCUGAACACAUUCUGAAGAGAGGGGACAGUGAAGCAAUAGCAUAUGCUUUCUUUCACCUUCAACACUGGAAAAGGGUAGAGGGAGCUUUAAACCUCUUACAUUGUACGUGGGAAGGGACAUUCAGAAUGAUUCCUUAUCCACUGGAAAAAGGUCACCUUUUCUAUCCUUACCCCAUCUGUACAGAGACCGCAGACAGAGAACUACUUCCAUCAUUUCAUGAAGUUUCAGUCUAUCCAAAGAAAGAACUUCCUUUCUUCAUACUCUUCACAGCGGGCCUCUGCUCUUUCACAGCCAUGCUGGCUCUUCUCACACAUCAGUUUCCAGAGCUCAUGGGAGUUUUUGCAAAAGCUUUCCUGAGCACCCUGUUUGCACCAUUAAACUUUGUCAUGGAAAAGGUGGAAAGCAUACUCCCUUCCAGCUUGUGGCACCAGCUCACUCGAAUCUGACACUUUUCUAGCACUACAGGAAGAACCCAACCACUCAGCUGCCCACAACAACGCAUGACUAACAGAAGACCAUUUAUCUACAACCAAUAGACUGUCUGCUCUCAGAAACAAAUUGAUUUUGUUGUUAAUGGGAAAACGAUGUUCACUUCUGCUAUAUUUUGCCGUCAGGAGCAGAAAACAAUUCUUUGAAAUAAACAUUUUGUGUAUGGCAGCAACAUGUUUAAAUGAAUUUCU